CAUGACGCAUAUUCUUCAUCUUUGUCAGUGUUGUGUUUCUUAUUUGGUUAUACUUGUCGCCUCAAUACUUUUUGUUUUCAAAAUGCAAGUUUGGAUCUUACUUGUUUGUUGUUUCAAUUUGAUAUAUGCGUUACAUAAUGAGAAUGUAACCGAAUCUAUGUUAUCACUGCAAAAUUAUACUUCAAGAAAUGUUUAUCGACCAGUGUCCGUAAAUUCAAGGCGAAAACCUUCUUCAACACUAGAUGAAUUAUUCGAUCUCAACACAUUUUUCACAUGCUACGUCAUUAUUAUAUUUCUUUCUCUGAUAUUUUUAUUCAUCAUGAUGAGCAUUUAUACUGAUGUACUUCUAACAGCGUUGUCAGCCAAACUCAAACUUUGGUGGAGACAGGUGGCAAUUUUAUUCAGCAAGUGUAGAAAAUAAAUGUAU